UCUGUCAGUCGCCUGCAGAGCCGUCGGACUUGAAGUGCUGUCUCGAGAAGACCAGACUGGAGCAGAAGGUCCCACAGCUCAACAUGCUGCUCUUCAUCUUUUUGGCUGCUGUUUCCUCUGCAGUUGAUGAGAGAGCCAUUUAUGAGCCAAAGGCAUUAUGUGCACCAGAAGGAUCAACUGUGAGGAUUAACUGCACAUACAAAGAUCCAAUAGAAAGUACUGAAGUAAUGGAACUGUGGUUUUAUGGUCCUGAUGAAAAGAAGACACGCCCUGAAGGAGAAACCAUUGUGUAUCACACAAAUAAGACGUUUAUAGCAAACAGUCACAGACAGCGAGUUGAGUUCUUACGGAACAAACACAUAACUUGUGGCAUAAAGAUCAGCAACGUGAGCAGAGAGGAGAGCGGCUACUACAAGUUUAGAUACGAGGAGGGAUGGUGGAUUGAUAGUAAAUGGACACAAAUACCAGGAGUGAAGGUCACAAUCACAGGUCUAAAGAUUGAAGCAACACCAAUGACGUUAAAAGAAAACGAAGCAGUGACCCUGGAGUGCCAGAUGAAUUGCAGUCUCACCGACCGCGUCUUCUGGUUCAGAAAAGGACAACAUUUAAAAGAAACCUCACAGAAACUUGAGCUUCAGAGAGCCUCCUAUGAGGACCACGGCAGUUACUGGUGUCAGACUGGACACGUCAGGUCCCCAAGUUUUCUUCUGAAUGUUUUCUAUGCCCCCAGGAAUGUUGUCAUCACAGGACAUCCCACCACUGGUAUAGAAGAAGGGACAUCGGUGACUUUAAACUGUAGAGCCUUGGCCAACCCACCAGGCCGCUACACCUGGGUCAAGGAGAACAGCGGCCAAGUAGGAUCAGGGGAUCAACUCCACAUCAGCAAGUUUAAUGCGAGUUACGUGGGGUCUUAUCACUGUGAAGCCACAAACGACUACGGGACGACAAACUCUACAGCUGUCAACCUGACGGUAAACGUGAAUAAGAACAUCAAUGUUGUCUUGUAUUCCGUACUGGGCAUCAUCACUCUAUCAGGAUUAGCUGUGGGAAUUCUCCUAUUUCAAAGAAAACGGCCCAAGAAGACAAAUCGGAAAGACGAACCAAACAAAAAGAUUAGAGGUGUGGAAGACUCUGAAGAUCGCACUUACAUGUCUUUGGAUCGCUCAGCAGUGUCAUCAGAGUACGACACAAUUAUGCAAAAAAAAUGAGCAAAAAGUGGAUUAUGAUAAGUUUAGUGUGGAGAAAAUAGAAAUUAAUUUUAAUAAAUGAAAAGUGCAGGAGAACAGAAUGUCAAGAUGUCUGGGGUUUUACAAUAAAUAAAUGUAAUAAUAUUUAA